AUGGCACGGAUUAGGCGUCUCGGCUUACCAGCAGCAGCGCUAUUGCUGGCGAUACAAUGCCCAAUUUCAAUUGCUUCACGAUUUCAGCAACCAAUUGUUGGUGCUGGUGCUGCUGCCAGGGAUCAUUCAACGCCCGGUAACCCAUUUACAGAUGAAUUUGGGGAAUACAUCACCGAUCUGCUGGAAGAGUGGAAGGUACCAGGAGUGUCAAUCGCCGUUAUCGAUGGCCAAGAGGGCUACGGAUUCGCAAUUCUUCCGGAUACGCCAGCAACUCCGGAGACACUAUGGCAUGGAGGCUCAACAACCAAAGCGUUUGUCGAUGCCACGCUGGCUCAUUUGAUCUCAAACGGAUCCUACCAUGUUCUCGAAGGCGGCUGGUCCACGCCAAUUUCUUCCAUCAUCCGCGAUGACUUUGUGCUUCAAGAUGAGUGGUCUACCAACCACAUAACGUUGGAAGACGCCGCUAGUCAUCGCACAGGCAUGCCUCGUCACGACCUGUCAUGGGCUCGUCUUAGAGAUGGAAAACGUGUGUCGAACCAGGACAUUGUUCGAAAUCUUCGAAAUUUACCCCCUACUGCUCCGCCUCGUGUGAUUUGGCAGUACUGCAACCUCAUGUACAUUACCCUUGCGCAUGUGAUUGAGACCGUCACUGGCGAGGGACUGAAAGACGCUUUACGAGACGUCAUUUGGGGGCCGCUGGGCAUGACAUCUACGUACCUAGACCGACAAGAGGCGGAAGAUAGAGGCGAGCCGCUCGCGCAUGGCUAUGUGUGGGAUCCAAAGACUAAGGAAUACAGCCCCGUCUCUGACACCGUUCGAGAAUCCAGUGGCGCGGGCGGAAUCGUCUCCAACGUAUUGGAUUAUUCAAAAUGGCUAAAGUGUCUCUUGUAUCAAACCGGGCCUUUUUCCAACAGCACUCAUGCCGAGAUUCGAAAACCGCGGAUGGUAGAAGAGACCGAACCAUCGAGGGGCAAUGAUGUAGAGUUAUAUGGUCUGGGUUGGGGACGUACUGUCCUACACGGCCAGGUCGUGUACUCGCACAAUGGAGGAACUGGGGCCUUCGGGACCGACGUUUACUGGCUUCCAGAUUUGCAAUAUGCCGUGGCGAUGUUCGGUAAUACCGCCGGCUCUUCGAACUCGGUCGAGGCUCUUGUCAUACGAAAGUUGAUCGAGGAUAAACUCAAGAUUCCUGCGGACCAGCGCGUCGAUCUUUCAAGCGGACUGAAGAAGCAAGUGGAAGACCAUCGAUACAAGCUCGACCACGCCGCAGAAAUUUUGUACCCCAACCUACCGUCGCCAACUCUCCCGCCAAGCAAAAAGCCUAGUAGCCUUGUCGGGACCUAUGUCGACGCAGGAUACGGCACACUCCAGAUCAAGGAAGCAGUCGACCCAGAAGACGCCAGCUCCACAGUCCUCGUCGGCGAUCGCGGAGACAUGAUUAUGCCUUUCGACUUUGUGCUGCGACACGUCUCGGGCGAUUACUGGAUCAUGUAUCUCGGCAGUUCGAAAGCGCCUCGAGAACUGGGAGACGCGGUGGCAGCCAAAUUCAGUUUUGGGGCCGAUGGACAGGCGUCAGGACUAGAGGUGACUUGGGACCAAGCCAGGCCAGGCUUGAAGGAGGUCAAGGUUCUAUUUAACAAGAUGGAAUAG